GAAAGAGAAAGCUGCCUCUUCAGGGUGAGUCCAGCACGCAGCCAACACCAACUAAACGACACCGCUGGGCUGAAUCUAAAGAUACGAAAAUUCAGUGUGAAGUAAAACAGAUAAUGAGCGGUGUCAGCGCCCAACUGGUCAGACAGAACAGCACGGAACUCAAUCAGUUCCUGAAGCUAAAGAGCUAUCUGAAGAAUUAGUAAAGUUCACAAGAAAUAACACAGAAGGGGGGCGCUCAUAUUGGCCACUGGUAAAGUGUGUGACUGUGAAGGUACCAGAGAAUCCACUUCUCCAGCACGUCACACUGGUGGACCUUCCUGGAAACGGUGACAUUAACAAGAGCAGGGAUAACAUAUGGAAACAGAUUGUUGGAGACUGUUCUACUGUGUGGAUUGUGGCUGAUAUGGACCGAGCAGCAUCUGAGGAAGAAUCCUGGGAAAUCCUGGAAAGU